AUGGCUCACCCCGGCAACAACUUCAUCAGUUAUUUCCAGGAGUACCAUCCAUCCAAAAUUCCGUACUUGAAAUACGCAUGGCAGCAGGUUAUUCGGUCCGAGCCUAUCUUCCAAUCUGUUUUCGACGAAGAAUUUUGCUGGGAUGGCGGGAUGGUCUAUUUCUCGUGGACCGAAAGUAUUCAUAGCGACAAGCGCCGGUUUCAGCGAGAACUCGAAUCCAUUAGCGCACCUAAGACGACAAUUCCUACCACCGAAUUCAGAGUCGUCACGCUUGCCAAUCAAAAGAGCGUUCUGGUAUGGCAGGUUCAUUAUGCUCUUGUUAACGGAUAUUCAGCCCGCAAGCUCUUAAGGAAAGUGAAAGCGGUCAUUGACGGGAAACAAAUCUGCGAAGGGCCGUCUUUUCAAGAUUUGGUCCACGGCUGGAGGAUCUACCAGACUCUAUUUCGUCAGGAGUCGACACAAUUCUGGUGUAUUUACCUACAAGAUAUAGGCAAAGUCAACGCAGAUCUCGCACUGCCACCACCAGAACGGCAAGGUCCGGACGAGAGACCUCGACCUGGCGUUAUUACCUUUCUCUCGCCCCUUCAACAAACCAUUCAAUUCAGCAAGGACCAUGACCUCCCCCUAUUAUCUGUAUAUUACGCCGCUUGGGCGUUGGUCUUAUCUCUUUAUACAGGAUCCAAUAUAGUCAUGUUUGGCGUAUUGUUCGCAAACAGAUCGCUCCCUCUACCGGCCAUUCGGGACACGGUGGGUCCGAUGAUGAACACACUACCGCUCUUGCUCUCACUCGACCGCACCAAAACACUCCAAGAUUUCACCCAAUAUACUGCCGCCCGUUUGUCGGAGCUCAGUGAAUUCGAAUGGAGCAUUCCCAACCAGCAUUGUUCGAUGACUUCAGCACUUUCCAUGCAGUACGAUUAUGAAAGCGAUGCCGGGGAGUCUUCAUCGUCGUUCACAAGAAUCCAGACCGGUGUUCCAAUUAGUCUCUUUCUCGGCCCCAAAGACAACAUUCAGAUCAACUAUGACGGUAACAUGUAUACGGAGUAUGAUAUUACUAACCUUGGUCGGAUGUACGUGCACGCCAUCGACACACUAGUAGGACUAGGAACACAAACAUUGCAUGAAUAUUUCCAAAGACCCCUACCAUCGAAGAUGUGGCAAGAAGUCAUGCUCAAGGGCAAUUGCUUUUCGGAUUCAAGCAAGGGUCAUGAACAAGAUACCCUGCAAAGCCUUUUCCACGGUUGUGUCAGAGCCAAUCCCAAUUCUACCGCCGUUGUCAGAGGUGAUGCUUCGAUAUCGUAUGCAGAGCUGGAUGCUGCUGCUUCGAAGGUUGCUGCUACUUUGUGCGAAAUAGUGCGCCCUGGGAACGUGGUAUGUGUCCACGCGGAUCGUUCUAUCAAUUGGAUCAUCGCCAUAUACGCGGUUAUCAAAGCACACGCCGUUUACUGUCCAAUGGAUCCCGCUCUCCCUGCGAGCCUAAGAGACAGCUAUUUCCAGACUUCUCGAAGCCAGCUGUUCUUAACCACCUCAGAAAUACACAAAGAAUACAAGCCGGCAUCGGCGCCUGCAUGUCAUUCAGUGGAGAAACUCUUGUGUCGCAAGCAAAACACAUCAGCUACAACACCGACAAAAGAAAACAUUUCCAAGAAGGCGCCGGCUUAUCUUUGUUUCACCUCCGGAUCCUCUGGCCUCCCUAAAGGAGUUCUAUGCACCCACGAGGGAGUCGUGGGAUUUCAAAAAUACUAUGACGCGCGUAUGCGCAUGCGUCCAAAUCUCAAACUCGCACAGAUUAUGUCUCCCGCCUUCGACGGUAGUAUUCACGAGAUCUUCUCGUGCUUCUCCUAUGGAGGCACACUUCUGCUUAGCGAAACGUCUGACGUCCUUGACAACCUCAACUAUGCAGACGUUGCAAUCAUCACGCCUUCAGUUGCUAAACUCCUCAACCCCAAUGAUUACCCGAAUCUCCAAGCGAUAUAUAUGGUUGGUGAACAUGUUCCACAGUCUAUAUGCGAUUCGUGGGCAGCAGUCAUGCCGGCUUUCAAUAUGUACGGCCCAACUGAGUCGAGUUGUGGUGCUACUCGAAAGACGAUGAAGCCAGGUGAAAAGAUCACCAUUGGAGUUCCCGUCCUCUCAACACGCAUCUAUAUUCUCGAUCAAGAUCAGCGUCCGUUACCCCCUGGAGUCAUCGGCGAACUCUAUACGGCUGGUGUUCAAGUAUCUCCCGGGUAUGUCAAUCGUCCGGAUGAAACGGCUAAAAGCUUCCUGGACGACACUAUUCUCCCCGAGUUGAACCAAAAAAUGUACCGAACACGCGACUGCGGCUAUUGGAAUACCGACGGCGAGAUCUGCUUGCUAGGUAGAUCCGAUCGACAGAUCAAGUUGCGAGGCUUCCGCCUUGACCUGGAUGAUUUGGAAAUUCGGAUGGCUAGAUGUUCUAGCGCCACUUCUGUGGCUCUUGUUCGCAAGGAUGACAUUCUCAUGGCAAUGAUCGUACCCGAAUCCGCGAAUGUUAACGAUUUCAACAAAGACAUUAGAAAAGCACUUCCACCGCAAGCGCUACCAAAAUUUGUGAAGUCCGUUGCGAAAUUUCAUCUCAGCAACUCAGAAAAGCUUGACUACAAAGCCAUUGCUGCAGCGUUCUCUGUCGAUAAUCCAACACCCCCAACCUUCGAUCGCACACUUACAUCCCCUUCGAAGACAAACAAGAGCUCCACGAGGGAUGCAAUUAUAUCGGUGUGGAGGGGUGUAUUGAACCUAGAUGAUGGACAUGAAUUGAGCAAUAACUCGAGCUUUCUGGACCUGGGAGGUCACUCCCUUCGGCAAAUCGCCCUCUCAAAUCGUCUUUCCUCAUUCAUGGGAACUCGUGUAUCUCCAGCCGAUAUCAUGAAGAAUGAUCUUCUAGGAGACCAAAUCCGAAUACUUUCACCUACCUUAUCUCCCUCGAGCGACAACCAUGAGCCCAUUCUCAGCGGUUCGGGAGGACAGAUCGAAUCUAUCUGGCGUUCUGUACUUUCUAUCGACUCUGCAGAAGAUCUGCAUAUCAAUUCGAAUUUUAUGGAAUUGGGCGGAGAUUCUCUCCUCCAACAGAAACUCGCGUCGCGGCUGUCCACUAUUGGACACAGGAAAAUAAGAAUGCUAGACAUCAUAAACAACCCCCGUCUCAGCGAUCAAAUCUCCUUGUUCAGUAAGGCGAGAAAUACGUCCAGCAUCGAUAACGGUUCAGAGCUUGGUCGCGACGCGCUGUCGCCUAUUGAACAGGAUUGGCUGGAUAAGUACUCCAUCGAGAAGGGGACUUCAUCAUUUAACGUCAACCUUGUCUGUGACUUGGAUCGAGACUUAGAUCUCCCGAGGCUAGAAAAUGCAUGGAACAAUGCGUUGGAACGCCAUAGUAUUUUGCGCUCUAUCUUCACGACUAAUAGCCAUCGCACAUACGCCUAA